UCGCCCGUAGAGGGCGCUACACCCUCCGUCAGUUCAAUAAACGUCUUAGGGGGCGCAGAGGGUGUGGACCUAUCUCUUUUUACCCAGAGAUAACCACAGGCUGUAUUACUAAUAACUUCUUUUUGACUGCGUUACAACCCAAUAAGCUGCAAUUGUCAGUUUCCUUAGUGCUGCCCACCAUUUCUGAAAGAGGCCCAGAUGAGGGACUAACACUUGCCGGCACUCGCCUGAACUCCUCAGGUUGUCUAGCUUUAUAAUCUCAGUUUUUCUACCUGAAAGGAAGCAGUAGAAGAAGAAGAAGAGUCCACCAAGCGGAAUGGAUGAUAUCUUCACACAGUGCCGGGAAGGCAACGCAGUGGCAGUUCGCUUGUGGCUGGACAACACAGAGAACGACCUCAAUCAGGGAGACGACCAUGGUUUCAGUCCCCUCCACUGGGCAUGCAGGGAAGGACGCUCAAACGUGGUGGACAUGCUCAUCAUGAGAGGAGCGCGCAUCAACGUCAUGAACCGUGGAGAUGACACACCCCUGCACCUGGCCGCCAGUCAUGGACAUCGGGACAUCGUGGUGAAGCUGAUCCAGUGCAAAGCGGACACCAAUGCAGUCAACGAGCACGGCAACACACCGCUGCAUUACGCCUGCUUCUGGGGACAAAACCAAGUGGCUGAUGAUCUUGUGAAUAGCAGUGCUCUGGUGAGCAUCUGUAACAAAUAUGGAGAAACGCCUAUGGAUAAAGCGAAACCUGAGCUGAGGGAACUCCUCAGAGAAAAGGCAGAGAAAAUGGGGCAGAGCCUAGCUAAAAUACCCUUCAAGGACUCGUUCUGGAAAGGCACCACCCGAACCCGACCGCGCAACGGUACUUUAAACAAGCUGGCGGGCAUCGACCACAGACAGCUGUCCUUCACCGAAAAAAGAAAUGAAAACCAUUCUGGAGAGCUGUGGCAGGGGCGUUGGCAAGGUAACGAAAUUGCUGUUAAGGUGCUAAAGAUUCGCGACUGGACUCCAAGGAAGAGCAGAGACUUUAACGAGGAAUAUCCCAAACUCAGGAUUUUUUCCCACCCAAACGUCCUGCCUAUGUUGGGAGCAUGUCCGUCUCCUCCCGCCCCUCACCCCAUCAUCAUUACACACUGGAUGCCUUGUGGCUCCCUCUACAAAGUGCUCCAUGAAGGCACCAACUUCGUGGUGGACCAGACGCAGGCCGUCAAGUUUGCUCUGGACAUUGCAUCCGGAAUGGCCUUCUUACACACACUGGAGCCCAUGAUCCCUCGUCAUCACCUCAACAGCAAAAGUAUCAUGAUAGAUGAAGACUUGACGGCGAGGAUCAGCAUGGCCGAUGUCAAGUUCUCCUUCCAGUGUCCCGGCAGGAUGUACUCGCCUGCAUGGGUCGCCCCCGAGGCCCUGCAGAAGAAGCCCGAAGAGAUUAACCGUCGUUCUGCUGACAUGUGGAGCUUCGCCAUCCUGCUGUGGGAGCUGGUGACCAGAGAAGUUCCAUUCGCUGAUUUGUCCAACAUGGAGAUCGGCAUGAAGAUCGCCUUGGAAGGUUUGAGGCCCACCAUCCCUCCUGGCAUCUCUCCACACAUAUGCAAACUCAUGAAGAUCUGCAUGAACGAAGACCCGGCUAAAAGGCCCAAAUUUGACAUGAUUGUGCCAAUUUUGGAUAAAAUGCAGGACAAGUGAAAAAGAAAAAAGAAAAAAAACUGCUACCGCUCUCCUUCGUCAAACAGUUUCAGUCCCUGGAUAACCUUAAAACCGGAUGAGACUCUGAGUCUAGAAACGGUGUUUUGGUGCUUACCAGUAUUGCCUUAAACUCUUACCGCUACACUCCUCUCCACUGUAGCCUCUGCUUUCUGAGAUGACUGGAGCAGCAAUCCCUUCUUUUGUAUUUUUUUCCCAGUGUAAUAAUUAUGUUACUGUGUUUGCCUCGUAUGUCUUUGCAUCUUCUAAACUGUAAUCAUGCGGAUCGAGUCCAAUCUUUUCCUCGUCACUAAAUAACCUGUGGAGAUCAGCAUGGUGAUCCGUCAGACCGGUGGAUUUAAAGGCUCUCUUUUAUCACCAACCAAAUAACGGAUUAACCCAAAACAUCACAUAUGGGGGGAGAAGUUGAAUGUCGGUUGUUUUUGCGGUGUCAAAAAACUAUAUGCAAUGAACAAGCAUGCCAAAUGUCAGCGGUUAGUAUUGAAACAUUUCAGUUGGUUGAACCUGAAAGGUUGCGUUUCAGUGUAGGCAGUGUGGUGCGUUCAUGAACACAAAUCACCUCUGUCGGCCGGUUCUUCUUGACGACAAACGGUUUAAAGCUCAGCAGACGAACCUCUUUGCCAACACUGGGAGAAGACGUUUAAUAAUGAGUCACAGGAUUGGUUUUUAAAUUAUGAGAUCAGCUUUUAACUUGAUUGUUUGUGUUGGGUUUAAAUUUUAUUAUAUUCAUGUAAUCUCAGUACCUAUCCCUCAAUUUUAUCUGAACAGUUAAGCAAAAAGCAGUCAGUCAAUGACAACAUGCCAACAGCUUAUUUCAAGUUGUUUUUUUUUUUGUUUUUUUUGAAUACAGAAAUAUUUUUACUCUCCUAAAAUGCCAACAUUUGCCGUGUUUGUGACGCCGUUUGUUGGCGUCAAAAACACUAGAAUUUUCCUGACUGUCUUUAGAAAGUACUGCUACCACAGGGAUGUUAAAGGGCAGAGUUUGUCUUUCUAUGUGGAAUUACUGAGACUUGUAGGUGUUUGUUUAUCUGGAGCUAGUUUUUCCUAAAUUCCUGGGUUGUUGCCUUUACCUGCAUCGUUCCCAUGCCUCUGCCUGCUUGCUUCCUGCACCGAAUCAUGUGAUUGAAGCCAAAAUCAAGAACGAGUAAGACAAAUGUAUGUAUUUAUAUAUAAGUAUAUUAAAAAUGAGAUGUAUCAACAAA